AUGGCUUUGAGUGCCGCAUGGCGACUACCGAGGCCGAGAACAAGGUCUCUCUGCAGAAGGGUUCUGGUGGGAGGUCUGAGCAGCUCGGCAGUUCGGGGUAGCUCGUCAUCGCAGCUGCGGCUGGAUGCGACGCGAUGCUGGCUUGACAAGAUUGUCAUUGGCGAGAAACUAUGCCCAUUCGCCUCGUCUGUGCAGGGGAGCAAGCUUCGACUGGUCGCCAGCCGGGCGCAGGACGCAGAGGCGGUGAUCGCAGAAGUCUCGUCAGAAGCCGCACUGCUGGUUGGACAUGCCGCGAGGAUCACUGGUCCCAGGCCGGAGACGACUCUGCUCGUGCUGGACGCCUCUUUGAGUUGCGCGGCACAGUGGCAGGACCUCGUUCGUUUGUCAUGGCGUUUGCAGGCAGAAGCCGUUUGCCAACAAGGCUUCCAAGACUUAUUGCAGAUCGUGCUCUUCCACCCGUUGGCGAUGCACAGCAUCUACUCGGAGGGCUUCCCCGACGCAGCCGACUUUACGAUCCGCGCGCCCUUCCCCACCAUUCACCUGCUACGAGAGGCCGACGUCAUGAAGGCAGUCCAGACCUAUCCGGACACAGGUGAGAUUCCGGUCCGCAACAAGGCAAAGUUGCGCGACCAGGGCUUGGAGUUGUGCCAGGAGCGCUUAAACGCUUGUUUGGGCGACGGCACAAAACAAGGAAUCCGUGCUCUUUGA